AUGGAGCAGAACCUGAAGCUAGCCCGUAUCCAUGACGACCAGAUGGCGUCCCUGGGGCCCAGCAGACCUGAUCUGACCCCCUCAGAACCAAUAAGUGGGAGCUGGCCCGUCCAGGGUCAUGUGCGGGACAGCGACCCCUCUGACCCGUACAGGGAGACUGUCGUCCAGCUAAUCGAUGACUUCAAGAUCUCUGGAGUCAGCGGAGUGCGUAUCCUUGUGCUUCAGGGGCUGGACUACCUGCACACCAAGUGUAAGAUCAUCCACACAGACAUCAAGCCUGAGAACAUCCUGCUCGUGGUCGACGACGUGUAUGUGCGGAGGCUGGCGGCCGAAGCCACCGUCUGGCAGAGAUCCGGAGCUCCUCCCCCUUCCUGGUCGUCAGGUAAGCACCUCGCCUGGGUAUCUGGAGGAAGGUCUGACUGGGUCACCAUGUCUGGAAGCUGUUUCCAUGUUAGCAUGGCUCCCAGGGAUCUGCAGGGCGGCAAGAUUUCUAAGAACAAGAAGAAGAAACUCAAAAGAAAAGAAAAGCGUCAGCAGCGGCUGUUGGAGGAGAGACUGGUUGAUCUCCAGAGGAUGGAGGAGGAGGACGGCGUGUUGCAGCCUGACGACACAGAAACCAAAGAAAACAGGCAGGCAAUAGUUGGGAAUUAG